AUGCUUGAUAUUCGAAGGUUGGUUGAAAAAAAAUAUUUUUUUUGAUUGUGAAAAAAAAUCUGGAAAUUGUAGGUUUGAUAUUUAUCGAAAAGUUCCAAAAGAUCUCACACAACCAACAACAGCUGGAGCAAUUAUAUCGAUUUUAUGUGUACUUUUCAUCUCGUUUAUGAUAUUUAAUGAUGUUUUGGCGUAUAUUUUCAUUGACCUGUAAGUUUUUUUGAAAAAUAAUUAUUAGGAGUUUUUUAUUAGAAAGUUUCAAAUAUUUUUCAUCCAUAAUUAUUGCGUAGAAAUUUGUUUUCCUCAAAGUUUUCAGAACUUUUUUCUAGAAGAUCAAAAUUUUUUUUUUGAUUUUUUUGAUCUAAUUCACAUCUUUAAGUAUCGAUUUUUUUCAGAAAAAGCGAAUUUUUCAUCGAUGAUCCUGGCCGAGAAGGAAAAAUCGACGUGCAAGUCAAUGUUUCAUUUCCAUUCAUGGAAUGCAAAAAUCUCGGAGUCGACAUUCAAGAUGAAAAUGGCCGACACGAAGUUGGUUUUGUGGAUCAUACAAACAAGGUGAAAAUUGGUGAAAAUGGAUGUAGAUUUGAGAGCAAGUUUGAGAUCAAUAAAGUUCCUGGUAAUUUCCAUAUCGCAACUCAUUCUGCAAGUGAACAACCGGAAAAAUAUGACAUGCGACAUAUUAUUCAUUCAAUCAAGUUUGGCGAUGAUGUUUCCGUGAGUACAAUUUAUUCAUUUUUUUUGAAUAGUAGAAGUUGGGGUUUUUCAGCAUAAAAAUCUUCGUGGCAGUUUUGACCCGCUCAGUGGCAAAGAUGCAAUGGAAGAUAGUGGACUAAAAACACAUGAAUAUAUUCUAAAGGUUUGUAAGACUCAAUUUUUUUUAAUUUCGAAAAUUUCCAGAUCGUUCCAUCUGUCCAUGAAGAUUACUACGGUAACAUCCUCAACAGUUAUCAAUAUACUUUCGGCUACAAAUCCUACCUAAUAUAUCACCAUUCUGGAAAAAUCAUUCCAGCUGUAUGGUUCAAAUAUGAACUUCAACCGAUAACUUUGAAACAAACUGAACAACGACAAUCUUUUUAUAUAUUCCUAACAUCUGUAAGUUCGAAUUUUUCAUUCCUAUUCAAAAUUUCUAAAAAUAAUUUUCAUUUCAGAUUUGCGCAGUUGUUGGUGGCACAUUCACAGUAGCUGGGAUAAUUGAUUCAACGUUCUUCACAUUGUCAGAAAUUUUGAAAAAGCAGCAAAUUGGAAAACUCACAUAA